GGGCUAGCGGAGGAGGAGGUGGGGAGCUGGCCCUGGCAGCCAGAAGAGAAGCAGGGGCCGGGCAGCGGCCGCUGUGAUUGGCACACCCCGCUCCGGCGGAGGCGGAGGAGAGCAGCCGGGGACGCAGGAGCCCCGCUGCGCCCCUCCAGCCCCUUGGCAGCCCGGCAGCAGCGGGAGCCGGGAGCUGCUGGGCGCGGGGAAGCGGCGGCGGAGGAAGGAUGCAGGGGAAGAAGCCCGGGGGCUCCGCGGGCGGCGGCGGCGAGCUGCAGGGGGACGAGGCGCAGGGGAAUAAGAAGCGGAAAAAGAAGGUCUCCUGCUUCUCCAACAUCAAGAUCUUCCUGGUGUCCGAGUGCGCCCUGAUGCUGGCCCAGGGCACGGUGGGCGCCUACCUGGUGAGUGUUUUAACUACCUUGGAGCGGCGAUUCAACCUGCAGAGCGCUGAUGUGGGGGUGAUAGCCAGCAGCUUUGAGAUUGGGAACCUGGCCCUCAUUCUCUUUGUGAGCUACUUUGGAGCCCGGGGGCAUAGGCCACGUUUGAUAGGAUGCGGAGGAAUAGUCAUGGCUCUGGGCGCCCUCCUUUCUGCGUUGCCUGAAUUUCUGACCCAUCAGUACGAAUAUGAAUCUGGGGAAAUACGCUGGGGGGCUGAAGGGAGGGAUGUAUGUGCUGCCAACGGGUCCACCAGCAACGAGGGACCAGACCCGGAUCUUAUCUGCAGGAAUAGGACUACCACCAACAUGAUGUACUUGCUUCUCAUUGGAGCGCAAGUGCUCCUAGGCAUUGGUGCUACCCCUGUACAGCCACUAGGAGUUUCCUACAUCGAUGACCACGUGAGACGGAAAGAUUCCUCCCUAUAUAUAGGGAUCCUGUUUACAAUGCUGGUAUUUGGACCAGCCUGUGGAUUUAUCUUGGGCUCCUUCUGUACCAAAAUCUAUGUGGACGCUGUCUUCAUUGACACAAGUAAACUGGAUAUCACCCCCGAUGACCCUCGGUGGAUCGGCGCGUGGUGGGCAGGCUUCUUGCUGUGUGGUGCCUUACUUUUCUUCUCGUCCCUCUUGAUGUUUGGAUUCCCGCAGUCCCUGUCGCCCAGGGUGGAGCAUGCAGUGGAGAGUGAGCAAGCCAUGCUCCCCGAACGGGACUACGAGAGGCCCAAGCCAAGCAAUGGAAUCCUGCGGCACUCGCUCGAAGGGGAGGACGGUGCCUCCUGCCUCCAGCAGCUGAGAGUGAUACCUAAAGUAACAAAGCACUUGCUGGCCAAUCCUGUCUUCACCUGCAUCAUCCUUGCUGCCUGCAUGGAGAUUGCUGUGGUCGCUGGCUUUGCAGCCUUCCUGGGGAAGUACCUGGAACAGCAGUUCAACCUUACCACCUCAUCAGCCAAUCAGCUCUUGGGGAUGACAGCGAUCCCAUGUGCAUGUCUGGGCAUAUUCCUGGGCGGUCUCUUGGUGAAGAAGCUCAGCCUGUCUGCUCUAGGAGCCAUCAGGAUGGCCAUGCUCGUUAACCUGGUGUCCACAGCUUGCUAUGUCUCUUUCCUAUUCCUGGGCUGCGACACGGGACCCGUAGCUGGGGUUACUGUUCCCUAUGGAAACAACUCAGCUCCGACCUUGACCUUGGACCCAUAUUCCCCCUGCAAUAACAACUGUGAAUGCCAAACCGAUUCCUUCACUCCAGUUUGUGGGGCAGAUGGGAUCACCUACUUGUCCGCCUGCUUCGCGGGCUGCAGGAGCACGAAUCUCACUGGCUGCUCAUGCCUCAGUUUGGUCCCAGCCGAGAAUGCUACAGUAAUGCACGGAAAAUGCCCCAGUCCUGGUUGCCAAGAGGCCUUCUUGACAUUCCUCUGCGUGAUGUGUGUUUGCAGCAUGAUUGGAGCCAUGGCACAGACGCCGUCAGUUAUCAUACUCAUCAGAACAGUGAGCCCUGAACUUAAGUCUUAUGCUUUGGGUGUGCUUUUCCUGCUGCUCCGUUUGCUAGGUUUUAUCCCACCACCCUUGAUCUUUGGGGCUGGAAUUGACUCAACAUGUCUGUUCUGGAGCACGUUUUGCGGCGAGCAAGGAGCCUGCGUAUUGUAUGACAAUGUCGUCUAUAGAUACCUGUAUGUUAGCAUUGCUAUAGCUCUGAAAUCUUUCGCAUUCAUCUUAUACACAACCACCUGGCAGUGCUUGAGGAAAAACUAUAAAAGAUACAUCAAGAACCAUGAAGGUGGACUCAGCACUAGUGAAUUCUUUGCCUCUACUCUCACCCUAGACAAUCUGGGGCGGGACUCUGUGCCCCAAAACCAGUCACAGAGGACAAAAUUUAUCUAUAACCUUGAAGAUCACGAAUGGUGUGAAAACAUGGAGUCUGUUUUAUAGUGACUAAGGAUGGAUGAACUCUAUAUUAAUAAUAUAUGGGUCCUUUUUAAUUAAAAGAGAGAGAGAGAAUAAAAUUUAAAAAACAGGAAACUUUUGUCCUUUUCUCAAAAAUCAGAGCCAAGGAUUCAGAAUAACAAAAUCUUUUAAUGGGAUCAUUUUUGAAAUCCUGCCGGAGUGCUGGAGAGAACACGAAACCACUCCGGUUGGGUACCAGCCCCUUUGAUGAUGGUACAAUCUUCCAGGAUAGAAUCACCUGCAAGGGCAUUGGGAGCUGCAAACCCAGGGUUUUGUCGGAGACCUCAUCAGAUGGACAUUCUUGGGCACCUGGUGAGAAGAAACAAGCAAAUAACAGCAAUUCCAGAAUAAGCGUUAGUGACACUGCAUGCCAUUAGGGAUCUGUGUGGCCCUGUCACCUCUGCAAUAUGGGCUAAAGGGUUAGCCAGUCUGGGUGCUGUUGAAGUCCAAUGCACUCUCUCAGUGAUGUCAGAGAGGGAAAAGUGCUGGAGUUAUUAAACUACUUACACUCUGUCACCAGCCAUGAUUCCAUGUUAGAUACUUUGAAUGUUCCCGUAUACCCUCUAGCCAGCACACAUUGAUGGUCAAAAGGCUCCACUGUCCUUCCAGCAGACCUCAGAUUUCGGUUCUCUGUGAAUGGCUGUGCUCAGAUCUUUAAAACCCAGUAAAGUUCAAGUCAUUUGCUUACACUUGCCAAAUGUUCUGUCAUUUUUUUAAAAAUUCCAAACAUUUGUCUGUAUAAUCCUUUUAAACUACUUUCAAAUUUAUAUUAACCCUUAAAUCACUGACAGUGUUCGAUAGGGGGAACUUAUUAUAUCAAUUGCAUUUUUUUUCCGGUUUCUUUUCAAUAUGCCACAACAUCAUGCCAGGGAUUCAGCUAAUCCAUUGCAUUUUUUUUAGUCUGUAUGCCUUCUUUCUGAUGCACUGUCAAACCAAUGAGGACAUGCAUUAUUAAAAAGAAAUUAAAAGAGAGAGUGAAUGCUCUGUGUCUCUAUGAAAAUAAUUAUCAGUUGGAGAAUUCUAGUAUGCUAUAAUAAUUUACAGAUUAUUUCUUCAUAUGACAUAUGACUCUGUGAAUACAUAGAUGGAGAGACCCUUUGUUUAUGUACUCUCCAGUUUUUAAAUAUAUAUUAUUUGCAGUCAAAGGUCAGGUGGGAGUGUUCCUUAAAAUUAGUGUGUGUGUGUGAGAGAGAGAGAGAGAGAAUACUGAGCUCAGUCCUUCAAUCCAUACUCAGACAAUUUCUAUUCACAUGAGUAGUCCCAUUAAUUUCAAGGAGACCACUCAAGUGAGGAAACAGUGCAGGAUCUAACUUACUAAGGGCCAAAUGUUGCCCUUAGAGUUGCAUUCAGGGCUCCUAUAAAGGGGCAGAAUUUUCAAAAGCACCCAAAAUUGGCCAUUAUUCACUUGGACCAGAGUUAGGGCAAUACUGAGCACUUUUGAAAAUCACACCCAGAUUCUAUAGGAGAUGCCCCCCUGGAUCCUCAGAAAGAACUGGCAUGAUCUCUUGAAUUAGAGUCUUGUCCAAUGCCCUUUGAAAUCAAGGGGAGUCUUUCUGUAGACUUCGGUGGGCAUUGGAUCGGACUUUUCCUAUAUAAUCUUUUUCCAGGACAUUCCUACUGUUAAGCAAUAAAAAGUGGCUGUAUGUAAUGAAUUUUCUCCAACCAUAAUUGAAACCAGCCAUGUUUCCAAUGGAGUAAAUGUCAGUAGCAUUUUAAGGGUUAGCAUUGUUAAUUCAAAAUCUUGGUUUUUUGGUUGGUCUUUUAAAGCGGUUGUGAACCUGCAAACAUUUAGAAACAUAACCCGCCAUGUCAGACUAAACACAGGACGUAGCUCCCACGUAUCCCAGGAGUGGGUGAGUUUCCCAGAGUCAUGUUCAUUGCUGGCAAUGGACACACGAAAAUCCUCAGAAUGGAACAGUGAGGUUACCUUGCCACUCGUGUUCAGCACCAUUUUAGCAGACCUUGCUCUAACUGAGACAAUUAAAAGCUGGCAGCAUAAGACCAUUUCCAGCUGACUUACUUUACUUUACUUUACUGGCGUGUUUUGUAAUUUAUGCACUGCAUUAAAUGUUCAGCAACAAAAAGGGCAAAGAACCCAGUAUAUCAAAUAAGCUGCACUGUGCCAAAUACUCAACCAAUAUUGUAACUAUAUAUGUUUUUAUUCUUGGCUUGGAGCCUUGUUCAGAAUCAUUUGAUAAAGAGAGGAGUGGGAGGGGAGAAAGGAGCAUUAUGCAGGACCAUUUAUAUCUAUUGGGUGAUAAAUGAUAUUUAGAUCAGUUUAUUAUAUCCUGUCUGCUAAAAUAGAGAUACUGCAUCCAUAAGCCAAUGAAUUAAACAAAGGGACAGGUUGCAUAACUGUCUCAUAAAAUAUGUAUAAUUGUCAAUUAUAAGCCUUUGAAAUCUUUCUGUACAGUUUUCCUUAUUUUGAAAAUGUAUUGCUUAUAGAAUGCUGCCUUUUUCAGAUGCUAGCUCAUCGUUUUAUACUACACACACACGCGCAUCACAAACAACAUGUCUCAAUGCCUGAUUUCUUGAAAAUCUAUAACCCCUUUUGCAGUUUGGAUUCUUUUUCUCUCAAAAUCCAGUGUGAAUGAGAAUAAUAUGCUGGCAUGACGCAAAACAAACUGAAAGGCGUUCUAGAGCUAUGGUUUGCCAGUAAUUGAAUGUACAAUCAAAAGCCCAUCUUACCAGUGUUACGGAAAACAAGAUUGCAGGGCAUGAACUGUCACUUCACUUGUUUGUUUGGGGGAUUUUUUUAUUUUUCCUUUUUUUUUAUCUUAAUCUGAUGUCUUGGUUGUGUACGGAAAGCUCAGCCUGAGCUGGGUUGUUUUAUACUUUUGUACCUAAUUAUUUUGUAUCUUGUGAAAUUGUGAUUUUCUGUUUCUUUCUUUUGAUAACAUUGCUUUUGAAAUGCUCUUUUUUAGGAAGCGUCAGAUCCCAAUAUCAUCAAGGGCUUUAAUCAUAGAGUUUUGGUGCUGUCACAGGGGAAAGAGGCGUAUCCAUGCAUGUAAAACAAAACUUGAAACCAAAUACUCGGAGUGCCCCAGCUGUUUCUUUGCUUUGCUCAUUUCAAAGUUUUGCAUGUUCCCUACUUUUAAUUGUACAGUCAGGGGUGAAUAAUCUCAACUCCGCCUCCUACACCCCAAAAAUGGGUGCCACAUAGCUUUAGGGGGCACUUCAAUUCCUUUUUCAAGAAUAACUUAACCAUGCAGGAGAUGGAAUUGGAAAGAUUCUCUUCCUGAGAGGAGAAAGCAGAGGCAAGCCCCAAGUUCUGAAGCUCAGAUCCUACCUUCCCCCAGGCUCAAAGCCUUUGGAUUCAGGUUUUUUGUUGAGCCUAUUUCAGAAUCAACAGUGCCCCCAAACCCUGUGCUUUGCUGCCUGGUGACAGCCUUCUAAGGAGAUAUUUUGGGAAAUGCAGCAUACCAUUCGGAUCCUGAUUCUCUUCUUACUCUCACAGAUGUAAAUCAGGAGUGGCUCCAAUGAAAUUAGUGUAGGGGGGAUCCCAGUGUGAAAGUGGCACAAGUGAGAGCAGAAUCAGGCCAUAGGUGCUUUGCACAUUGGGCGCUUUAAAUGAUGCGGUGCAUUUUGAGACCAUCCCUUUAUACUUGUGGAAAUCAUCUCUCAAAGUUCCUACCCCACCCUUUUGUGCAUCUCACCAGAGCAAAGAGCAUUCUCGGGAGGAGGAGACAUCUUUCCAUUCAAAUUGCCGGCCUUCCCCAGGGUUUUGGUUGCACGAUGACAUGAUGAGAAUUUUAAGAUCACUUGAAUUACCAAGCCAAACCCACCCACUUCCCCCUGUUCAAUAGGAGGGUCCUACACCACGCUCUGGAGAGCCCAUACAUUCGAGGCAUCAAAUCUCCGCUCUCAUGCUACCAUUAUCCUGUCUGAGAAGGAUAUGAGCCUUAUGGGAGAGAGGAGGAAUUCACUCCCAGGGAGUUGAACUAACAAUGCUUACAAAUGAAAUGAUGGGGUGAGCAGAAGACAUUUGAAGAGGGGUUUAAGAAUUUCCCAAUAGUUAGGGCAUGUAAAAAGAAUCUUUUAAGAAAAUCUUUAGACUAUCUUUAUAUCCUCCCUUCAAAAUGCAAUAUGUGAUCCCCAAUUAUUUUUCAUUAACUAACGGGAUGCUAAGGGCUGUGCAUCAUACCCACACCUUUCUGCAUCAGCCAGUUGUGCUUUCUCCCAGGGUGCACCGGGUCUUGGGAGGGAAAGCAGACUCAGUUUAGCAAUCCGCAGUCUCACUCCACAACAGACCCAGAGGCAACCUCAAGGCUACCGACACUGUGAGUUGUGAAACUUUACCAGGAGACAGAGUCUGUUGCUGCUGCUGUUCGAGAAUAUUUCUCACAGCUGGACAUGUUGGGCUCAGCACUUCCCCUGUGAUUCAGGUGAGCUAGGUGCGUUGUUUGUUUUGUUUUUUGUCAGAGGGAGUGGGGAAAAUUGGUGUUAAAAGCUCUUAGGCAAAUACCUAUAAGACUGAAACUUUUUUUUGUUCUUUGUUCAGCGAGGUUUCCAAACAAAUUCCCAUUCUGCCUUUAAAGCCAGCUAUCCAUAUGUAUCCCUCCCUAGUGUCACAUGAGCCAUCUUUAUAGAUAUAAGGCUUCCAAAUCACUCACACAUUCUUGCUCACUAGAUGUGAUUAAUGUGUGCAAAGUUCACACCAUUUCUUUGUGCCUGGGGCCCUGGAAAAACACCUCCUAAGUAAUAAAGGUCGUGAUUCUGAGCUGCUUUGACCUUGCAGAGAGCGAGAGAGAACAGGCAAAGGCCCCUGCGCUCUUCUCCUUGUCUAAAGCAAAGUUCACUUGUUCCCGUGUUACCUACUCCUCUCAUGACUCGCCAUGGGGGGAGGGAUAGCUCAGUGGUUUGAGCUUUGGCCUGCUAAACCCAGGGUUGUGAGUUCAAUCCUUGAGGGGGCCGUUUAGGGAUAUGGGGCAAAAAUUGGGGAUUGGUCCUGCUUUGAGCAUGGGGUUGGACUAGAUGACCUCCUGAAGUCCCUUCCAACCCUGAUAUUCUAUGAUUCUAUGAUCCCACUGAGCCGGGGUUCCAAUCCUGGAAGGUUGUGGCACUCUCAGUUCGCUGUGACUUGGCAGCUUCAGUCCCCUGCAGUAUAUCCUUGCUUAGAGAUGGCCAAAAUACACUUCUUGUAAAUGAGCAUGAGCCAGUGAUUGUUCUAGUGAUUAGUAUAAGCCCAGCUUGGUGUGAUCUUAUGAUGGAUCAGACGGACCCUAGAAGGGAAGAAAUGACAAUAAGGGGGCAUUGUGGCUGGGUUUUUAAAGGUCCCUAAGAGAAUUAGGCACCCAACUUCAGCUAGCCUUCAAUGGGAUUUGGAUUUUAGCCCUAUUUCAAAGCCUCCACCUUUAGGCAUCUCUUACAGGCUGUCCACUGGGCUCUUUCACCAGCCUGAAUUUCACACCAGUAAUUUUGCAAAAGACUGUUAAAGUUCCUUUGCCUAGGUGGUGCCUUCCUCCUCCCCCCACUUAAUAAUGCCAAAUGCAAAUAAUGCAAUUUAGUCCUAUCAAGCCAAUAAUCUCUAUUCAAAGAUAUUAACACUGUCAUUUACAUUGGCCUGAGAGACCAGAACAUCUUAUUUGGUUUCGGCCCAUCAGCUACACUAAAAACAGGACCCAUUUUUUCUUGCUUUUAUACAUUAAAUCUGUCAUUCCUUAUAAGCUGUAAAUGACAUUUUUUCCGUCAUUCCACUGACUUUUCCAGGAAAUGCAAGUCUUAAUUCAAUUGCUUCACAAGAACAUACUCUCUAGACAGUUUUUAGAUAUUGGGUAUUUUUCUUUUAACUAGUGUUGCCUAGUAAAAUCUUUGGCUCUGAUCUUGUUCCCUGAAUUCAAUGGGGCAGGGGCAGGCUCUGUGUAAUUAUGAGCAAAUUAGUCAUGUUCUUUUCCUUGGAAUGAGUGAAAAUAUAUUAUCCUUGUGAUUAAAAAGAAAAGAGAGAAAAUUAUGAACAAAAGCUGCCAAUUGUCAAGUGGGCUGGAGCAGACAGUCACAGUCUGAUGUGAGGAGUCCCAAUAAAAAAGGAAAAUACCAGUUAUAUGCCAAUAAUUUCAAGUGCAAUAAUUUUUAGAGCGAUUUUCCAUGAAGUGGGUGUCACCACUGGCAAUAAGCAAUAAGAAACACAUCAGGAAGAGUGGACGAAUAAUUUAUUCGCUGAAUUUCCAUUUCCGCCCCCCUUUGUGAAUUGUCAGUGAAUAGUUUUAAAAUUUCUCUAAUUUAUUUGCCCAAAAUUUCUGCAUAUAACCCUUCGCCUGUAGAUUGAUUGUGAACCUCUUAUUAAGAAUAUUUGAUACUUGGCCUGGGUUGGUUAAUUUUGAUUGGACAUGUAAGUCAGGCGGGAUGUUUCUAUUUCCAAACCAGAUGGAUGUAAUUUUAGAAUCGGGUUUUUGGUGCCUCUAUUCAUGAUUAGGAGUCCAGGGUCAGAUCCUUCGCUGGUGUAAAUCAGCAUAGCUCUACUGAAAUUAGGUCAAUUAUACCAGCUGAGGAUCUGACUCUAAAAAUUCACUGUUCAGGUACAUGAAUAGCUGCUUAAAUUUCUCUGCUUCUGAGAACAUUUCUGCUGGUUAGUCCCUUCAUUAGAAUAAUCACAGAGAGCAACCACAAAACGGUCAUGAACGCUGGCAAAGCAAACAGGUACCAAAAGUUAAGUAUUUGUGGAAAUUUGUUUGCAUUGUUUGUACAGCUAUAAUAUCAGGCACAAUAGCCCAAUAGAAUCGUAGAAGUCAGCGUCGUGAAAGGCCUAACAUAGUCCACCUACCUAACCAGGUUGUCAAUCAUCAGGACAACAAAGAGGUAUCUGUUCUCUGCCCCAUACUUUUUUACCCUUCAAAAUGCUUAUCCUUCCUACAGAAUAGUCUCUCACAAACAUUGAGGCAUUUACCGUUGUCAACCCUCAUCUCAGUGUUGUCUUUUGGGGUCCUCAUGGCUCUUGCUAACACACACUCGAAUAAAGAUGCAACCCUUCUCCCACAGUCUCUGAUGCUUUCUGCCAGACCUGAAUGCUCUAAGGCACCUGGUGGCUCCCUGACAUUUCCACUUGCUGAAGAGUUCUAGCCAUUGCAUCUUAUUCCUUAGUGCAUGAAAGCAGUUCCCAUCAUCCACACCUGGAAAGCAUCUGUCCUAGAUCAGUGCUCAGCAGGGAAGUCCAGUGGCCCUGGGACAAGAUAGCAUUUUCAAGCAAAAGUGAUCUCUUGUUUCUCUUUGGUGCAAUGCCCAACUGGGUGGGGGAGAAGAAUUGUGACCUUUUUAAACCCAUAGUGCCUACCUUUGAAAUGGAACGCUGUGUUGUUUUGCAUUGUAUUAUACGUGAUUACCAUGUAAAUAAAGUAUCGUAAAUGUGGUGUUCAUUAGAGUUGUGAUGCACCCCACAACAACAAUAUUUCUUCUUCUGCUGUAUGGGCUUAAAAACCAUUCCAGACCUGGGAAUGUUUGUGGCUGUGUAAACUAGAAAUGUGGCAAAGGCAUUCAAUGGGAAAACACUGCCUAUAUACAGCAUUGCUUUGCCGUAUGUACAAUACAUGAGCACCAUCGGAACCUCAACGAGGCAGGCGAUUUACACAAGAAAGAGCAGCUCUUUAGUUAAAGUGGGCAGUGAGUAGAACAACCAGUAUUUCCCAGCCUGAACUGGUCAAUCUCAUUCAUGAUGAUGGGAAAAGCAACGUUACUGAGGAUCUGAUUUCUCUUUCAUUGUUUUCUUUAUGCAGGGUGUUAAUGGUGAGGAAAGUUUGCCAUCCCAGUGUGACUUUAUUACUUUCCUCAUCCCCUGAGAUCUUUCAGCUGUAGUUCCCACUGAAUAGACUGGGAGUGUUAAGAUCAGAGCGGGUUGGGAAACAAGCUUCCCUGAUCCAACUCAGCCAGCUAGUCCCUCCGGGGCUCUAGAAAACAUUGCAGGCUUUUAAGCAAAUGGGAACUUUAGAGACUUUUAUUCCCUGCCUCCAUUCUCUCCUCCUUAUCUUUUGCUCUGUGAAACUAGAGGGAACAAAGUGCCAGUGUGUUAAGAUGCAGAAGACCUACCACCUGCCCCAGUCAGCAUCAUGUUUGCCCUUCUAGAGAACUUCCAAAUCCUGACGGAAUCUUGUUUUAAUUUUUUUCCCCAUUCUUAGAAAGUUCAAGUCUUCGCUGGCAAAAGUUUGAUGUCACUGCUCUUAGGUAUGAGACCCUCCUUGGGUGACAUCCCCAAGUGCAUGAGAUCUUCUAUUAGCUAAAAAUGGCUAAAGUCAUUCGGGGGUGUAGUAUCAGGAGUGUCAUAUGUAAGCCAGGGACCUAAUUGUCCUUCUCUACUUGACACUGGCGAGGCCUCCGCUGGAGUACUGUGUCCAGUUCUUGGUGCCACACUUUAGGAAAGAUGUUGACAAAUUGGAGAGAGCCCAGAGGAGAACAGCACAAAUGAUAAAAGGUUCGGAAAACCUGGCCUCUGAGGAAAGGUUAAAAAACCUGGACAUGUUUGGUUUUGAGAAAAGAAGAGUGAGGGGCAACUUGAUAAGGUUUUAAAUAUGUUGAGGGUUGUUAUUAAGAGGAUGGCGAUCAAUUGUUCUCCAUGUUCACUGGAGGUAUGGGCUUAAUCUGCACCGAGGAAGAUUUAGGUUAGAUAUUAGGAAAAGCUUUCUAACUAUCAGGGUGGUUAAGCUCUGGAAUAGGCUGCUAAGGGAAGUUGUGGGAUUCCCAUCAUUGGAAAUUUUUAAGAACAAGUUGGACAAUCACCUAUCAGGGAUGGUCUAGGUUUAAUUGAUCUGGCCUCGGCACAGGGAGCUGGACGUGACGACCUCUCGAGGUUCCUUCCAGCCCUGCAUUUUUAUGAUUCUGUCAGACAGCGUUAGCCAUGCCCAUGAGACACUUCCAUGUGUAGGUCAUCCUGUUGAACAUGCAAGACAGCCCCACCUAGGUUGCUUUGCCUGUGCCUAGGAAACUCUUCCACAGACGUCCCCCUGCUGCAUAUACAAGAUGGCUGAGUGGAGGUUACUCUGAUUAUGAACAUGCGAGCCUUCCACAUACUUCUCUCUGCCCACUAAGAGCCCCCUGUAUAUGCCUCCCUGGCUUUGCGUGCAAGAACCUCUCUGCAUAGGCUGAUGCCACAUCUGUUUCCAAGAAGUCACAUCACAAGUGACCUGCAGCUUCCUGCCCUUGAACCUUGAUGAGCUGACUUUCCCCCACCUUGGGCUGCAUGUUAACCCGUUGUUGUUGUGCCGGAGUGGAAGGAUUCUUUUAAAAAUUCUUUGAAACAUGCUAGCUGGACUGCUGCUGAUUUUGAGGGCUUUUUAGCAGCGCUUCCGAAAUAAAUCCAAACCCGGUUUGGAAAAGAAAAUAUUUUACUGUACGAUUGAUUUGGGGGCGGGGAGAAGAGAGAGAGAAGAAAGAAAAAGAAACUACAUACUCAGUAAAAAGAGAAGGAGUACUAGUGGCACCUUAGAGACUAACCAAUUUAUUUGAGCAUAUACUCAGUAUAUUUUGAGUACUGCAUUCUGUAUUUUUGCAGCUUAUAUUUUCGAGAUGAGCAGUUUAGAAAUGCGUGAUGUGAAAAUGCAUACUGUAAGUUUGCUGUAAAUUAUAUUAAAAGCACUAUUUUCAUUCUUA